AUGUCACCCACCCAAGUCUACUGCGGGCCCCAACGUACCCAGACAUCAAGAGCAAGACCGCCAUGGUCGUCGCGCCACCGGCAUCUCAGGCCACUAUACGCUGCAAGUCCUGGCGUGGGCUCCAGAGCGCUGGACAGAUCUACGCCGUCUCCCGGUGUCCUCCUUUCCUGCAAGGUCAAAGAGGGUGUUGUCGAGUAUAUACCCAUCGAUCUAUGGGGUGGGUUUGAGAAGAACAAGCAGGCGGUUGACGCCUUCUCAUCCGCCCACCUAAACGCCACAUUCGAGGAAUUCUGCGCCCUCACACCCGCCUGCGGAAACGAAGCCUUCAACAUCGCUAACGGCGACUUUGCUACCUGGUCCUCUGUCCUCCCCGCCGUCGCAGCGCACUUCAACACACCCAUGGCGCCGCUUGACGCGCUUAACAAGCCGGGUCCUCAUCCUGUCAAGAAAGUCAGCAAGCCCCCCACAUCCUCGGAACCCGCACGAACACACUGUCUUCGAGCUGCGGAAUAG